UAAUAUAAAAAUGUAUAUGGCUAUAAGAGCAGGAGGAGGUGUAAAUCCAACUGUAGAUGAUUUCUUUCCAAAUCUUAAAAAAUGCUGGGUCGAACGUCAAGUCGGAGUAAGUACUUUUACUCAGACAAAUAUAGGUAUGCAAUCCCAAAUUCUAUCUCCCAACCAGGCCUUAACUAUUCAUGCGCAAAAAGAUUUAUUAGCUGAAGGAAUUAAAGCACUUGA